AUGGCUUCUUCACAAAAGAUUUCCCAGCCUGGGGCCUACAAGGCGAAAAAUGUCCUAGGGGCACUUCUCCUUCUCAGGCUUGUGAAUUCCGCCCUCGUCCAGACCUUUUUCCAGCCCGACGAGUAUUUCCAAUGUCUCGAACCCGCCUGGCGAGCUGCCUUCGGCGAGGGCAGCGGCGCGUACAUCACCUGGGAAUGGGACCACCAACUGAGGUCCUCGUUACACCCUCUGCUAUUCGCCGCAGUAUAUAAGUUUGCAGACCUUCUCGGCCACUAUGUGGUGCCUGGGCUGCGAGCCACCCUGCUGCUCGUGCUGCCCAAGGUGAUGCAGGCCGUCAUCGCCGCCCUCGGCGACUUUUAUAGCUGGAAGCUGGCCCAGAAACUAUACAAGGAUGACACGAUAGCUUCCGCUACAGUGCUCUGGAUGACCGCGCUUAACCCGUGGCAGUUCUACGUCUCCGUGAGAACCUUUUCCAACUCUUUAGAGACCACCCUCACCGUCGCCGCUCUCAACGGCUGGCCAUGGGAGGGCGCGAAAAGACUACGCCUCUCCCUUAUCCUCGCCGCGACCGCGGUCCUCCUCCGUCCCACAAAUCUCCUCAUCUGGGCCCCAAUCUGCCUCCUCACUCUUAUGCCCAAGAGCCUUUCCAGCACCCUCCUCAACCCCACUCUCAAGGAGACCGUCGCCUUUCUUACCGAGAUCCUCUACUGCGGUGCACUCACGUUAGGAAUCUCCGAUCUCGCAGUCUUCUACGGGGAAAACGUCGGCCACUACUACCUCUCCCAGGGCCUACCCUUGCUCUGCAUCAGCCUCCUCCCCUUUGUCCUCCUCUCCCUUUGGCGCUCCCACCCCAAUCCCCAGGCCUCCAAGGGCUUCACCGUCCUCAAGUGGGCCGUCUACGUCACCAUCACCGUCCUCUCCCAAAUCGCUCACAAGGAGGCCCGCUUCAUCUACCCGCUCCUCCCCUUGCUCCACGUCCUCUCCGCCCGCAUGGUCUCCCAAUUCUUCCUCUACUCCCCUCACCACCAUGCUCGCCCCCACCAGUUCCGCAAUAAGCGGUACCUCAUCCCCGGCCUCCUCAUCAACCUCAUCGUCGCCGCCUAUCUCGGCAUCGCUCACCAGCGCGCCGUCAUUUCCGUAACCGCCUUCCUCCGCGAUCAGUACGCCGUCUCCGCCGACCGCCCCACCCCCGACAUUGCCAACAGCGAGGCCCGCUUCGCCGUAUUCCUCACCCCUUGCCACUCUACUCCCUGGCGGUCCCACUUGAUCUACCCGGGGCUCUCUGUUCGCGCCCUCACCUGCGACCCCCGCUUCAUACCGAUCCCCAUUCUUACGAGAGAGAGAUACCCUCCGUCGUCAGGCCUGCGCGAGAGGGUGCCUCCCUAUAUCGUCGGUUUCGAGGGCAUCGAGCCCGUACUGGUAGAAUACUUUGACGGGCCUGGCUCGGAACAUGGCAUCCGGAGUCUCAAACGCGUUUGGGAGGGCUGGAACGGCCUCUUCACAGACGACUGGAGGAGAGCGGGCAAGUUGGUCGUUUGGGAGACUGAGUCAUGA